ACUUCUUCGCCCGGGCACUACCAAAAGAGGCGCCAAAAUUUUACGUUUCAAUGCAGACGACACACAUCACACUCUCACACGGAAAAUUGGCAACACGCGAAAAGUGCACAGAACGCGAAGGUGCGAUAACAAAAUUGAGCAUUAGCAUCAAACGUGUAUUAGAAAUCGAAAGCAAACGAAGGCGGAAGCAACACGAAGAGAAGAACAUAAAUUGAUCGUGACAAGAGCGAGAGAGAGAGAAGUGCAAGAACAGCUGGUCUGCACGCUUCGGGGUUGUGUUUUUUGUCGCGUGUGCCGUCGCCGGGAGAACCACACUCCAACUACAACUGAAACUACAGCUACAAGGCGAACCAGGUGUGCGGGUCUGGGUGAGCGCCUGAUUCUUUUCACGUUUUUGCAUGCUCUGGCGGCACUCUGCCAGAUGCAAUCCCCUUCGCCGUCGACCCCCGUUUCGGUUUUUGUUUUGCUACAUUCGUUCACACAGGAAUACACACACAUAUCGCGAUAUAUAUCUCGUCGCUAAGUGAUAACCAACACAAAAGUGGAGAAAGGAAGGAAGCGUGUUACUGUAGAUCCAGAAAAAGCAAAGCUGCAAGAUGUCCGCAAUUAGCAGUCGCAAUCAGAAAAUGGAACAACAGCGCCAGCUGAUGGAGGCCUACAUCCGACAGAAGAGGGCGUCGCCGGGCAUGGUCCAGGCCAGUGAUCUGCAGAUCAGUCGACCCAUGUCCGGGAUGCGCAGCAACAGCCGCGAGCUGCAUGCCUACGACGGACCGAUGCAGUUCAUCAGCUCGCCACACAAUCCCGACCAGAUACUCACCAACGGCAGCCCCGUCGGUGGAACAGUUGCCAUGAACUCCACUCGAAAUCACUCGAACAACAUGCGAACCCUGAGUACCAUCAGCCAGGAGGCGGAUCUAAUCGAGGAGAUCUCAUCGCAUGAGCUGGAGGACGAGGAGAGCAGCCCCGUGACGGUAAUCGAGCAGCAACAGACCGCCCCGCACAGCGCCAACUCCACGCAUUCGCAGCGGCCAAGCACCACCCGCCAGCCGUCCUUCAACGACACCCUGGACGAGGAUGACUACACCAACCGCAACAUAGCCGGUGCGGCACCUGUCCGUCCCGUUGGACUGGCCUCCUCGCCCUACAAGGAGGCGGGUCUGGACGGCAGCAGCAUGGAAACAUCGAACGGAGCCGGUGGGGAGUCCGAGGGCGAUGUGAUCGGUAACAUCGAUCAGUUCGUGAUGCAGCCAGCGCCCCAGGGAGUCCUGUACAAAUGUCGCAUCACACGGGAUCGCAAGGGCAUGGAUCGCGGCCUGUUCCCCAUAUACUAUUUGCACCUGGAGCGGGACUACGGCAAGAAGAUCUUUCUGCUGGGAGGUCGCAAGCGGAAGAAGAGCAAGACAUCGAACUACAUUGUCAGCUGCGACCCCACGGACCUGUCCCGCAGCGCUGAUGGCUUCUGCGGCAAACUGCGAUCCAAUGUCUUUGGCACAUCCUUCACGGUCUUUGACAGUGGCAACAAGGACAGCACGGACAGUCCGCGUCUCGACCUGGCCGUCAUCAUCUACGACACCAACAUCCUGGGAUUCAAGGGACCCCGCAACAUGACUGUGAUACUGCCGGGCAUGACUGAGGACGAUCAGCGUGUCAAGAUCAGUUCAGCGGAUCCCAAGCAGACGGGCAUUCUCGACUUGUAUAAGAUGAAGAAUAUGGACAACAUUGUGGAGCUGCACAACAAGACGCCCGUGUGGAACGACGAGACGCAGUCGUAUGUGCUCAACUUCCAUGGACGCGUCACCCAGGCGUCGGUGAAGAACUUUCAGCUGGUGCACGACUCCGAUCCCGAGUACAUUGUGAUGCAGUUCGGCCGCACCUCGGAGGAUGUCUUCACCAUGGACUAUCGCUAUCCCCUGUGCGCCAUGCAAGCCUUUGCCAUAGCCCUCAGCAGUUUUGAUGGCAAAAUAGCCUGCGAGUGAGCCAACCCAGCCCCAGGACCUGUCCCGCUGCCUUAUGUAUAGAUGUAUAAUGGAUCGUGGAUCGUGGAUCAUGCCGUCGUGGAAGACAAAGACGCAUUAUUGAUGAUAGCCUCAGAAAUCUAGUCACUCGAAGUAGGACAACGUUGAUAUAUGUGUGUGUGUAUAGAUACGAUAAUGUACUUAAUGCAUAUGUUACGUACAACAUCUUUUCAGAAUUUGCUCACCGAUUUUGUAAAGAAUUAUACCGAAGAAUUAUAGUACGUAGUUGAGUUCGUGUAACUUUGUACUUCUAAAUGUGUGCCCUGUAAACGCCCUGUAAGUUCUAUUG